AUGCGUGCUGCCGCGGAAAGUGCCUCUCACACCUCAGCAGCAGGCGAUUCGUCGCCUGUUGUCGUGAAUCCUCCACGUGGUGAGUCACCACGUUCGACAGGUACAUCUGUUGCGUCUGCAGCAAGUACCUCGAGUUGUUAUCAAGACGAGUCUGCAAUAGAGAUCAUCUAUGCUGGCGAGUUGGAUGAUGCAUCCGACUCGAAUGUGACUCCUCACGCCUCCGGAUCACCCGGGGCGGACACUGCAAGAGCCAGAUUGACUGGCUCUGGUCAACGCGGCAGUUUCAUGACCGAGGUCUUCGGAUCGAGUGAUUAUUCCGGUGAAUCUCCGCUUCACGCAAGUCCAUUUAACGAUAGGAUGCGUGGGGAUGGUGGUGAUGCGCCAAUGUAA